GGUUGGUAGUAAGAGUUUAUUAAUUGGAUUUGUGAUUGAUAUAGAAAAGUAGGAUUGCAAUAUUUGCGAGUACAUAUUUGUUUCUAAAAUUUAAACGGAAGUAUAUGCAUAUUGAUAUUUUGCAAAGCUUUUUCUACAGAAGAUAUUGUACCAGUCAAGAACUGCCUGACGAUCGUUAUUUGAUUUAUUAAACAUAUCAAUGAAUUCUAUGAAAAAGGAAUAAUGUUGGGAAUGAAUCGCCGGGGUAUUAAUACUGUUACAACAAUGGCGUCUCAAUCAGGAAUGGAUGACAGCAAUUGGAAAAACAUAAAUGUAGCGGAAAAUGCGACACUUUUAAACAGUUCUAACAACUCUAAUUUAAACACCGAUGGAUCAAAUCAAAGUGGAUUUCCACAAAACAGUAUUGCGUAUAAUUCAAGUAACAGUCAAUAUUCACAAGGAGGUCAAUCUUCUCCUGCCGGUAAUCAGUCGAUCAUAUUUCAAAAUACGAAUCCACCUGGUUCUAAUACUCCUCAGUAUACGUCUUCACCUGCCCCGUCUGGUUCUUCGACUCCAGGGCCAGUUGUACAACAAGGCAUUGGCGGUUCCUAUACUCAGUCUGCUAGUUCGGGAUCAUUUAAUGGGCCUGUAGGAGGUCCGUUUGGUUCCCCCUCUUCGAAUUUAAAUCAAUUUAAUAGACCAUCGAAUGCAGGAACUCCUUUUAAUUCUGGACAGGGCAGUCACUUUUCUUCGCAAGCAGUCUUUGGAAGCCAAUUCGGCACAUUAUCAACUACUUCUCCAUUUAGUCAUACAGGUAGCCACCCAAUGAUGGGAAGUUCUCAACAAAUAGAUCGUAUGGAGCAAGGCUUUAGAAGGCAUAAUUCUUAUUUUAGUCACACUGAACAUCGUGUUUUUGAAUUGAAUAAGCGACUUCAGCAACGUACAGAUGAAAGCGAUAACUGUUGGUGGGAUUCAUUCACCACUGAGUUUUUCGAAGAUGAUGCACGAUUAACAAUAUUGUUUUGUUUAGAAGACGGACCGAAAAGAUAUACUAUUGGACGGACAUUAAUACCACGAUUCUUUCGCAGCAUCUAUGAAGGAGGGGUAUCUGACUUGUACUUCCAACUUAAACAUGCAAAAGAGUCAUUUCAUAAUACAACUAUUACGCUAGAUUGUGAUCAAUGCACAGUAAUAACCCAACAUGGUAAGCCAUUUUUUACCAAAGUAUGUGCUGACGCAAGACUUAUACUAGAAUUUGUGUAUGACGACUAUAUGCGCAUAAGAUCAUGGCACAUGACAAUUAAAGGCCAUAGGGAACUUAUUCCACGGUCUGUAAUAGGAACAUCGAUACCACCUGACCCGAUGUUGUUAGAUCAAAUAACAAAGAAUAUUACAAGGGCAGGCAUAACAAAUUCCACUUUGAAUUAUCUCCGAUUAUGUGUUAUAUUGGAACCAAUGCAAGAAUUAAUGUCUAGGCAUAAAGCAUAUGCAUUAAGUCCACGUGAUUGCUUAAAAACUACUUUGUUUCAAAAAUGGCAACGAAUGGUGGCUCCACCAGGAAAAAAGGAUCCACAAAGACCAGCGAAUAAGAGACGUAAACGGAAGGGAUCUAACUCUGGAGGAGCUGCAAAUACAGGCACGCCUCCGGUUACCAAUCAAAAGAGAUCUCCGUCGGGUCCAAAUUUCUCGUUGUCUUCACAAGAUGUAAUGGUUGUAGGUGAACCCACCUUGAUGGGGGGUGAGUUUGGUGAAGAAGAUGAAAGAUUAAUUACAAGACUAGAAAAUACUCAAUAUGAUGGAAAUAAUGCUGUGGAACAUGAAAAUCAUUCAGGUUUUGGUCAUGCAGACUCUCCAAUAUCAGGAUCAAAUCCAUGGAAUAUGGAUCGAACAGGAAACAUCCCUUCUAGUCCCAGCAAUGCUUCUGUACAACAAAACAAUUCAAAUAUAUCUGAAAUAGACAAAAAAAGUCCAAUAGUUUCACAGUAGAUUACUUGGCGUGCCAGUACUUCUAGGAUUGCAUAUGAGAAAUGCAAAAGCUCCCAAUUAAAUAUAAUUUUUAUUUUGAGAAAAAGCAACUUUAUUUUAUGGUACACGUAUGUGGUGUGUUAUAAUUCCAUUAAUUUAUUAUUAUUCGGAUUUAAAUUCACACUUCGUUACGGAACUUAAAAUUUAAUAUAAGUUAUACCACAUAUGAAUGAAGGCAAUUUCAAAAUAAUUGGAUAUACAUGAAAUAUUGUAUAUAUUUCGCAUAUUUAUUGUAAUAUAAUGUUAUAAUGCAAUAUAAUAUAAUUUUAAUAUAAUGGAUUUAAAAAUAAUGUGUUGUACUUUGGUAGAGAAUUUCAUUAAAAUAAUAAUUUCUUCUGAAAAACGUGAAACAAUUUAAAUAUUAUUUAAAAACAAAUAUAUAUAAUAUCAAUUCCUUCAUAACGUAAUACCCUUUUUUAUAGCAAUUGAAUACAUUUUUAGCCCGGAAACAAUGCGCCUAGUACUGACUCCGUCUUGCAGAGUAAUUCGUUGUUCUUCAUUCAUUCAUUCAGAUCGCGGCGCCAUAGAAAUCGGAAUUGUGCCAUUUCGGUAAAAGUCUUCUUUUCCGUUGUAUUUUACCAGAAACGCGUAAAUUAAUUUGAUGCUUAUCCCGUUAUUACAAUAAUGUGCAGCAACAAUAACCAAAUAAAAUUUCUGCUCUCCGAUAUUUCAACACUUAUCUUUCCUAUAUUUUUUAAAUAUGUACGGAUAUUUAGUAUACAAUGAAAGUACACUUGUCACAACAAAACUA